CCUUGCGUGCAUGAGUUACAUGAUUACUUCUGGUGAUUUUCCUUUCGGAAGAAAAUUGAUCGUGAAAAACUGUAAAACUCAAUGGGGCAGGAUCCGAUCCAGUUCUUUAAGUAAAAGUUUCAUUAAAGUCUGGAACCACUAAUUAAUUGUUAAGAAACGAAAAAGUGUGCACAAUGGCUUCAAUAUGUUUAUCACACCAUAAAUUGAAUUCAAUGGUGAAAGCUCCAUUGCCAACAUCCUGUUUGAACUAUUGCUAGCAGGUGAUCUGUGGCAGCAAUGAUACAGGUGUCAUUUCACGCUUGUAAACAUCAUGGAAGCGAGAAUAACAUAUCAGAAAGCGACAUAGUUAGUGUCAAAAUGUCAAGUGCAUAAAUAUACCGCAGUAGGAAUAACGUGUGUAAUAAUAUACCUUGACUAAAUCACCUGUAAUAGCAAUUAAUGCACAUUAUCCAAGAAAUGGCAAACAGAUACCCACUGCAGCAACCAGAGAUGCAUUCUCGGAUUGAUUUAAGUCUUGGAAACAAUACACCUUCAAUGUAUCCAGGACCAAGAGCUGGGAUGUGGACACAUCUUCCACCCCAUCAGCAGUUGGCAGAAGAGCAGAGUGAGAAGCAGCGUGAAUAUCUGAAACAGCAGCAGAAACUCAGGCUCAUGACUGCAGCUUCCACCCCUCAGGCUGUAAGUGCUGAUGUAUUAAUUGAGAAUCUUCUUGGGAAGAAAGAAACUUUCAAACCCAAAAAGAGUCAUCAUGGAUUAGCAGUGCCUGGUACUGUACCUAUCAAUCAGCAUUUGUUGGGUAAUGUUGGUAUCCCAGUGCAAGCCACUGGCCUGGCGCCUUCACAUAUUGUCGCAGCAGGUGUGCCAGGACCUUCAGCUUCAGGCACAAUGGGAAGCUAUGGUACUUCUGUAGCACCACCUGAAACUAAAGGAUCCUUCUCUCAUGUGCCCACGACUUCAGCUAAUAAGGGCUACGUUACCGUGUCUCGAAUGAAUCCGCAGAUGGACUUUAAUGUACCGUCCCAGGCACCGUUUUCAUUCAACUUACCCACGUGGUUGAUGCCUUCCUCAGAGCGUCUUCCUCAGUUUUAUAGACAAGUGUGGAAACUGGUGGAACAAGAGACGGGACUCGUUGAUACAACACGUAUCUUUCCGCUCCUUCUCACUAGUGGGUUGCCCACAGAUGUACUUGGUUUCAUAUGGGGAUUAGCGAAUCAUAAAGUCGCGGGUUGGCUGACCGAGCAAGAAUUAUACAUUGUGUUGGCCCUUGUCGCUCUCGCGCAGAGUGGAUGCACAUUUAAUAAUCUCAGUGUUUUGAAUUUCAUACCACAACCACCAAUUCCAAAUCUGAAAAUUGCUGGUUUUGAAUCGGCGGCAUCUAUACCCGGCAAAGAUAUCGAGGUCGUCACCGCUUCUAAUGUGGAGAAAUUGAAGAGGGAAGACCUGAACUUGCGUCUGGCUCCUUCCAGUGCAUCAUCCACAGCUAAUCCAUCUUAUGGAGGUGAUGAUGUGGGAUUUGACGAAUUUACAGAUUUUCAGAGUGCGAUACCAACGACAGCAGAAGAAACUUCUUCAGCAAGUAUUAAGGAACAAACUUCAACAGACAAACCACCUGAGAUACAAAGCGGUACUGCUACCGCGUUACCUUCGGAUGUGGGUACGACUCAGAAGUGCCCCAGUGUAAUGGUUGUAAGCAGUAGUGGUCAUGGGCGUGGAAUUGGAAGUAGACUCGCCAAUCACUCAUUAGGCACUCCGAAACAAAAGAAAACUAAACAUCACCACCACCAUCACCAUCACCGUACACAAUCACAAGUGAUAGCUACGUUAGAUGAAGAUUUUUCAGAAUUUCAACAGGCCAAAGAUCCAGUUCCGUCUACAGGUAGCGCUGGAGACGGAACUGCAAAUCAGGUUUUUCCUAAAUGCAUGGCAAAAACACCACAAGGGAAAACCUACUUGUUAAAAGAAAGUGCUAUUCGGGCAGAUAUGAAGUUAGAAGGGAAUCGGCAGACGUUAGGAAAUAUAAGGGAUGGCGGUCUGACAUCUCUAGAAGGAAUUGAAUCUGAUUUUGAUCAGAGAAAAAAUUCAUGUUUAAUGUCAGAAAAAUCAAAGCCUGAAGGAAGCAGACAAGAUCAGAAUAUCGCAUUGGUAGGACAGCAAAUGGAAUCGGAACUCAAAAGUAAAACUUCAGUAUCGUGUCCAAUCGAAUCUAAAAUCCACGGAGUAAAUCUGAUGUCCGUAGAAGAAGACAAAUACAGUGCGCUUAGAAAUCUAUCAGUAGCUGGCGAGGACAACAGUCCCGAGAAGCCGCAGUCAUUUAUAAGUGCGGACCACCAGUCACCUGCUAGUGAUGAUUUUGGUGAUUUCCUUUCUGCAGAACCAGCAGGAGGAGUUGAUGAUUCAUUUGUUGACAUAGCUACAAGAGAACAGUCUUCAAGUAAGUCCCUUGCAGAUCUCGGUAGUAUAAAUAUAUGGAAGACUGUGGAUUCUCCUCAGACUGCGGAGUUUCAAGUCGAUGACUGGGGAGAAUAUAAAGGCGCUCCAGUGUGUGAUGUUGGUUCAGAUUUGAACCAGACCUUAGAUAUGACUGGAGAAAAUGAAGUGGGUAAUACAACGAACAAAAUUAAAAUGGGGACGGACAUUUCAGCCAUGUUGAUGGAUCUCUAUCUGGGUAAUGACAAUAAUGUGUGGGAUCCAAAGGACGCUGACACUGUUGUAGCAAGUAAUGACAAGGAAAAGGCUUCGGACCUCUUAAGUCUGGUAGAACCAUCUUCGGAUACAAAUAGUGGCCGUUCUUGGGAUUUGAAAAAAAAGGAUGAUAAUAACAGUCAAGGUGAUACAUCUUUGAACACUUCUGAGACGGCAGGACAAAGCAGUACUUUUCAGGGAUUUCUGGGCAAAAUAUAUGAUGAUGAUGAUGAUGAUGAUGAUGUCAAAAGUAAGUGUUAUUCUAGAAAUGUGGAUAUACUUUGCUCGAGUCCUGAUGAUCAAUUACGUGGUGGCAGAAGCGACAAUUUUAACGUUGAUAUACGGACCCACGAUGGUGAUGAUGACUUUGGUGAAUUUGUUGGACCAGAUACAUGGUCAGAAGAGCAAAAGGGUAAUGAUAUGACCAAAGAUAUAUUGUUUGAUGGUCAUUUAGGACAAGGGCUGAAAGAUGGGCUUUACGGUGACAGCCAAUCAGUGAGCAGCCUAGAGUUGCCACCACUGGCACUCAGUCGCCAUGGUUCCGUACCGAGUCUCGAUCUGAAAAUAUUCCCCAGCACUACCGACAAGAAUGAUGGGAAUGAUGAUAACCACUCUUGGGAUAUAUCGCCACAGGGUAUUGAUCACCAGUUGAGUGAGUGGCGACGAUGCCUCGAAGCCUGUCUGAGCCUACUUCGGUCAGCUGUUGAAAUUUUUAACGGCGUAUUAUCUGGUGAGGUGUUACAUGAAAUUGUGUGCUCUACAGAGGGAAAAGAUUACCUGCACAAUCUGCUAGAAGUGGCUGGUGUAAAAGACAAAGUGGAAUACUCGUACAAAGAAUUAAAAAAUAGUGGGGAGUACAGGCAGUUAGACUCCCUUUUGGCAGAUAUUGACGGUGCUUGGUCCUCUUUGGAGCCAUAUUAUGUCAAGGCAGACAUAGCUGUAGAUAUGAAGCCGGAUCUGCUCGUGGGUUCAGGAAAUGAAAGCAGUUUAGUCUUUGAGCCACCCGCGUGCUGUGGUGUUUGUUUGACGGAUGUCAGAAACAGUGCGAAGACAGACGGCAGUAGAAAUACUAGUCAGUUGGAAUAUGGCGGCCAAGUCUAUCAUUCAGUCUGUGCGAAUCUUUGGGUCAACUGCGUCGAUUCAAGCCUUCCGGCAUUAGCUACAGGAAGUAGCGGCUUUCUGUGAAAGAAUACGGCGUUCAUUGACGGAAUUUUAUAACGAACGAUUCUGUGGUUUGCACAUGAUUUAUGGCUUUUAUUUAAAUAUUGAAAUUAUUUAUGAAUGAAAUGUCAUAUACAUAUUAUAACUGAAGGUGUAAGGUGUGGUACUGAACAUGUAUAAUUUUAUUAUAUGUUUUUGGAUUAUACAAGCAGCCAUUUUGUGCUCAUAGAAAUAGAGGGAAAAUAGGAUGUUCUGAUGUAACUUUUUGUUAUACAGUUUGUAUUUUUAAAUCUUAGAACUUUACAGUGAAGAGUGUUUUCCUGCGUAAGUUUAAAUCUUCUCUGUAUAUCCAAGAGAUUACAUUUAUUUUAUUAUUUAUUAUGUGUAACGGUACCCACUUUAUUAAGACUUUCUUUCGAUACUGCUCCACAAAACAAAGAUCUCUGUUUUGCUUCUUCUCGUUGACUUUUUUCAUCUGUAACUCCCUGAAGCUGUGGGCCUGAUAUUUUUUUUUUGUAAUUUUGAUGUUUAAAGUGAACAGGGCGGACGGAAUAGCAGAGAGAAAUGUGACGCGUACAUUUGCUAGUUGUUAAUUUAAACUGCCUUCGAUAGUUUUUCUGUAACCUCCAUUUUCUUCACCAGUUUUAAAGCAUGUACAGAACUUUCAACAGGUAUUUACAUCGUGAUCGGCUACGGCCUUCGAUAGAAACGGAUGAAUCAAGAAAAUAUCUUCUUUGCUGAAACUGUAAAAACUUUCUUCUUCUCUGUCCUCAAGUCUUCAAAAUUUUCUUUUGUGUUUGAGAGGCUGAGCCAACCCAGCAUCGUGAGGAAAUUGGGGAGCUACAAUGAGUAGCGUAAUCCAGUCAUGAAAACUAGCAAUGGCUGGGGGUUCGUCGUGCAGACCACACGUCACCCUAUAUCUGGUCGGAUGAUCGUUCACCUCUGCUUAGGCGUGUGAACGUGAGGCCAGCGGCCAGCUAGUCGGCUUUGGCUCUCAGAGGGCUGUUACGCAAAGAAAUUCUAUUCACGAUACUUUAGUGCUUCAAAUGUCAUAUCAUUUAUAACCAAACUGAAUUUUCUGAAAUGUUCUGUGUUCACACACAACACAGAAUUUUGCACUAAGGUAACGGUAAGAAGAUUUUUCCAGUAUUCACUCUUGAGGCCUUGUACUUCGCUGCUUGUUUUGUACCAUUUUUUCGUAGUCUGCGUAGCGCAAUAUGAGGUUAGCCGUCGGUUUCUUUGUGGAAUUUAAAAUAUCCUGACCACUGCUUCUCGAAGUUAUCCAGACAGGAGAAUUGGUUACUUUUCAUUUUUCACAGGCAAAAAGUUCCACUGAAUUAUAUCUCGCGAAACCGAAGGAUUCAAACUGCAACUUGAUAAUAACGUUGUCAGAUACACUUACAUUUUAUUUGAAAGAUUGGCAAAAAAUGGCAUGAAAGUAUUAACAUGUAUAUAUUAUGAAAUAAACUGUUCUCUAAAACGUGUUUAUCUUCUUCUGACUACGUAACCAUCUUCUCUGUAGUCGAUUUCCCUUGCGUUUUUAAUGAAGUGAGAGUCUGUUUCUGCCCUUGUCGGUUAAUCAUUUUUCUCUUUCCCCCUGAAUACAUAUUUAUUUAUUUCCCUGUAUAUCUUUAUUUCAAAUUCUGUCUUAUGUGAUUCAUCCCUUGACAGAUCUUAAAGCUGUCAUAUUUUUCCGCUGCUCCGCAAGUUUUACUUCCGCGUGCAAAUGUGGGAACUUCCGAUCAUUUCGUAACAUUUAAAUUUUCUCUUAAAUGUUCUAUUUCUUUUCCUACAUACGCCUUGAUACCGUCGUGUCUUAUUUACUUCAAAGCUUCGUAAGAUAUGUCACACUCCAAGAAUUUAAAUAAGCUUAAAUUAAUUACUGUACAGUGGAAUGAUAGACGUACUUAAUUGUAUAUUAAUGUUAGCUACUGUACAAUUCGCAGUAAAUAAUGUAUUAUAAUUUAUGUUAAAAGAAUUGUGGAAUAUACAUUUUUGAGCUUAUUACACGUACAUUCUAAUGCA